GCUAUAAGCGGCGCCGGGGGCGGCCACCCCGCCGCCCGCGCUCGGCCAUGGCCCGGGACCGCGGCCCGCCCGUGCUGCAGCCGCCCGCCGCCGCGCCGCGCCCCGCCGCCCUGCCCGCCGAGGGCCGCGCCUGGGGCUGGCUGGGAGCGGGGCUGUGGCCGGCGCUGCUGGUGGGGCUGCUGGCCGCCCUCGUCGCCUGGUUCUGGUACGGCGGCCGCGACGGGCGAGGCGAGGAGGGCGGCCGGGCGGCGGCCGGCGAGGGGCCCCGGGGGGCGAGGAGCCAGGCGGCGGCCGCAGGGGAGCCGCCGGGGAGCGGGGAGCCGGAGCUGCGGGGCGCCGAGGCUGCUGCCCUGGCCUUGCCGCGGGGGCCAGGAGAGGAUCCAGCGGCUGUAGCCGGGAAGGAGCAUAACCACGUCCGCAGCAGCGAGCUUCUGGAGGUGGAGCGGCAGCUCCCGAAGCGGGGUGCCACCGACCCCAGGGAGCACCCGCCGGCUGGCACCCACGGCGGCCCGGCAGGCGAGCAGAGAGCCCAGGUGGGAUCCGCAAGUGAAGGAUGGUGCACGAACUCAGCCGGAGCCUCUGAUGAUGUUUGUAAGGAUGCGAGUGAGGAGCGGCCGGGUCAGCCAGCUGAGAGCAGGGACCUGGACCAGGAAGAGUGGGAAGUUGUUUCCGAGCACCUGGCCUGGGGGGAGGCUGGCAAGAACAGCAGCGUGGAAGACUCUGACAGCAAGGAAUGGGAUCAAGGAGACUGCCCUGAUGGGGACUUGAAAGCCAAGAGAGUUGCAGCCGUGCCCCCCAUGUUCCAAAAUAUCCACGUGACUUUCCGUGUGCACUACUUCACACACUCUGAUGCUCAGCUGAUAGGUGUUACUGGUGACCAUGAGUGUCUGGGCCAGUGGCACAGCUAUGUUCCCCUCAAGUAUGACAAGGAUGGCUUCUGGUCUGAAUCCAUUAGUUUGCCAGUAGACACCAAAGUAGAGUGGAAAUUUAUCUUGGUGGAGAAUGGGAAGGUCCGACGUUGGGAAGAAUGUGGUAACAGGACCCUAGUGACUGAACAUGAAGAUCAAAUGGUUCAUCAGUGGUGGGGAUACCAUUAAUGGGGGUUGGGAAGGUGCUUAUCUAAUGGCAAACCUGCAUAGACUAAUUACAGAGCCCCUAAACUUCAACCCUCCUUCAGUAGCAAGCCUCAAGUGCAGAGCUGUGUAAAAUCCCCUAUCAAACCUGGUAAAAAUGCGAGCAUCAGAUCUCUGCCCCCCUCUUUAGGAAAUCAUUUAGCAACCUGAAAAAUCAACUUCAAACACAUUCUGAAGAUGUGCAAGGUAGGCUACGAAGGCAUGAGCAGCAUUCCAAGCAGCUGCCUGUCCAGGUAAAUCUGGACCCUGGACUUGAGUUUGUGUUGCUUUGAGUGGGGCUGUGGGAUGCAUCUUUGUACUAACUGCUUACGGCUUUUGAAGCAUACUAGGAAGUGUGGUUACCUACACUGUAAUAGUAACUUAAGUGUUUUAACUUAUGUAAUGUAUUGAGCAACAAUAAACAUUUUCAGACUGACAGUCUGUUACAACUUGA